AUGCCAUCGGGGAUACCCGGUGUGGACCUGGCCCUGCUGACGCAGGUUACGCGGCACCUCUCGGAGCGCCGUCUGCACGUGUACCACCCCGGCAGUCGCCGCUCUGCCGCCGCGCUGGUGUUGCGAUUUGGCGAUGACACGCAACGGACUCUCACCGAGGCAUGGAGCACCUUCAGGGCCGCCACCGCGCGGCACGGAUACGCAGACCCCGACGUGACAGAGGCAGAGGCGUUGGGUGCCGCGUCGUCGCCAUAUGGCAGCGGGCGCAGCUCGUCACGCUUCUUCAGCGCAGACGCCUCUGCUACCACGGCUGCUGCUGCUGCUGCUGCUUCGAUCGCGCGUGACUCGGCAGAAGGCGGCUGGACUCGCCCGUUGGAGUUCGUGGAGUAUCUGGCGCACCACCGCCGUCAUCACCGGUGUGCCGACUUUGUCGACGCCGGUGCCGCAUCCUCGUUGCAGCUGCUGUUCCUGAAGCAGACGAACAGGGAGGUGAGGCGGUGGAGCGGGCAGAUUGUCUUUCCAGGUGGACGCCGUGACCCGGACGACCACGACGACUUUGAUACCGUCUGCCGAACAACCUAUGAGGAGAUCGGCUUCCCGCUGCAGCACCAUCGCGAGUUUCUGUGCCUCGGGCGGUUGCCCGACUACCAGCUGCACAGUCGUAUCGUCGGCAGCCGCGGCUUCGUGCAGGCACGCUUCGUGUUUUUGCACGUGGGCGACAUUACGCCAACAGUGCAGCUGGCCUCACACACCGUGGAGAGUGUGCGGUGGGUGCCGCUGCGGGCGCUGACGGCAGCGCACGUGGAGCGCGGGCGUGUGGUGCACCCGCUCCAGAGCUUCGUGAGCCCGCAGGAUGCCAACACGCGACUGAUGGUAGGGGAGUUGUUCCCAAAUACCUACUUGUCCUUUCCAAGUCUUCUGCUCCCCGGUACACUGGCGCCGUCGUCCUCUUCUGCCACCGCCGGUGGGACUGAGGCGGGCGGGAAGGGGUGCAGCGAGGAUGGCGGGAGGCCGAGGACGCGGGAGGAUACCUCGUCAGCUUCCCCUGGGUCACCAUCGUGGCGUGUGUGGGGUCUCACGCUGCGCACCGCGAAUGAGCUGCUGUCGCUGGACAGCUGCGAAGCCUUUGACUGGCCCUUUGUCGAGUCGAACAGCCGUCUCCUGCAAUAUGGGGUGUUUUUUCCUAUGUACGGCUACUACGAGCUCCUCUACCAGUUCUACUGGUGGCGCGCGUGGAUGACGGCGACGAUGCGCUUGCGUACGUGUGAGGGCUGUGCUGCGGGCCGAGGAGAAACGAACGCCGGUGACGAACAACACCCCAGCAGCACGCUCGGUAGCUCACGAAGCGGGUCGCGCUCGUCGGCGCCUGUGUCGCACCUCUCGAGGGAGCGGCAGCGGUGGCGGCGCGUGCUCUACGGCUCUUCCAUGGAGCGCCGGUACGCGGUCCUCCCUGCGUCGGCGGGUGCGCUACUCCGCGCUGCUCCGGCGACGCCCAUCGCCGAGCACGUUGUGGGCUUUGCAGCGGCGCUGGGCUUCGUCGUGUGUGCGCUGUACACCGUGGCAGCAGUGAUCGCGAGCGUUGGUGCCGCCGUCGGCGCUGCGCUCGGCGUGAAAGCGGACCUGCAUGGUGAAGCACGGCGUCGCGCCUACUACGACGCGAACACGCCGAGUAGCGUGGUGCGCCAUCGCCGUCCUGCUGCUGGUGCCUGUGCAGAGCUGUGGUCUCUCGAGAAUGCGACGGCACACGGCGAUACUGUGAUCUCUGCAGCGGAUGCUGUCGCACCGAGUCGUGAGACGAGCGAUUCUUGCUCUUGUUGGCCGCGGCAGCUGCGCGGCAGUCGCGUCCCGUGCUGGCGUGCGACCGCUGACGAGGCCGCACUCUCUGCUGAGCUGCGCAGCACCGCCGAAGUUCUUCAUGGGGAGUCGCUGAUCCACAUCGACAGCGCUGUACCACAAGAUACGAGGCGCCGGCUUUCAACCUCGACAGAGAUGCCGGCCGUGAAGCAGCACCUAACAGGCAAGGCUUCGGCGGCGAUGCGCCCUACACCCUCUGACGCUGGCGCAGUCUUAGAGCCUCUCACCGUGAGACCUUCGAGAGUCACGACGACCACUGACCACCUUACAACAUCCUCUGCUAUCUCAACCAUCUCCGUAGACACCAUCAGAGAGUGCGGCAGCGCUGAGGACGCCUAUGAGGCAGGGAAGGAGCUUGGCGGCGUUGGGCCUGUCUUCACUGGUGUUGCUGUGCCGGCGGAGCACCCCGUCGCGGCUGCGAUGCCGGCGGAUGCGGCAGAGCUGAGGCAUGAGGAAGAGUUGAAGGUGAUCAUGUGCCGCUACCGUCCCCAGUCCACCGAAAACUGA